AUGCCCACUGUUCCUAUUCCCAUAACUAGUUCUCAACAAGGUGGUAUUAAUUCUUCUAGUGGACCAAAUAAUAUCAUUCAAGUUCAGACAUUAGUUCCUACUAUUUCUCCUCAUGUUCAAACAUUAGAUCAAUGUAGUACCCCAUCAGUUCAUCUUGAACCAGCCCCUGUAAUACCUAAUAGGAGCAAUGCAAUAGGUGAGGGUGCAUCUACUGAUAAGAGAAACGUAACAGGUGACUCUACAUCUAGUAAAAACAACACAAUAGGUAAAGGUGAGAGCAAUAGUAACCCUGAACAGCGGACGCUUGUUUUUCUUUCUGCUGCCGGGUUGGAACCUUCGAGUACUUGCUCUAACCGAAUAUGUGAGUCUUUCAAGAGUGAGCUUGAUCCCAAGGGAACUAAUUGGAAAAGUGUCCCACAAGAAACAAAAGAUUUUUAUCUAGUGGAAUUCGAGAAGGAAUUCUAUUGGGAUCCAUCCAUUGAUAGUGAAGUGAAGAUACAAUGGCGAAGGAAGACAGCGAGAAGGUAUAGUGAUUUCAUUUCUGGCUUAAAAAAAGAAGGAAAAUGGCCAAAAUAUAUUUCAGAAGAAACAUGGGAAAGUUGGAUGAGUAUUUGGAAGAAACCUGAGGUUAUUGAAAAGUCAAAAAUAAAUUCAAGAAAUCGUUGUGGCGGUCAGGAUGCAGUUGCCAAAGGAACUCACACGGGAGGCUCUAUUACCAUUGGAGAGCAUCGUAAGAGACUUGCUAUUAAAAAUGGUCGCGAUCCAACACCAAGUGAGAUACAUUUGCAUGUCCAUACACAUGGUCAUGAUGGAAAAUCUUUUGUUGGUGAACGAGCUCAAAUCGUGCAUGAAAAAUAUCAAGAAAUAUUACAGAACCAAACACAAACUCAAUCUGAUGUUGAUCAAUGGAAAGCAUAUUAUCAAGCAGCGGGAGGGGAAAAGAAAAGAAGGAUAUAUGGUCUUGGAGCUCAAGCAAAAGUAUUUUAUGGACCAAAUUUUCGUGUCUCUUCUGGAUCUGAUGCUUCUGGCACAGUACCAUGUCCAAAUGCUCAAACAACACCAACAGAAAAUAUGGAUGAGUUAGUGGUGCGAAUGAUUCCUUCGCUAACUAAUCACUUGCUUCCUAUAUUUGUAGAGCAGGUACGUGGUUUGAUUUCUCCAGCCUCAUCUCAACCAGACUCAGCUACCAACCAUCCAUCAACUAUUGCACCUGUAAUUCCUGCUCCAACUGCAAAAAAAUAUUGA